AUGCGCGUACCACUUUGGGUUUGGUUUGGUCACCAAAUCCAACGGUCACUCGAUCCACCCGGUUAUACAAUUCAAAAAGGGUUUGUUAAAAGUAGUCCACCAAAUGAUGAUAACGAUGGUACACAAACAGCGGAUUUAAUUAUUCGUUUAUCGAAAGUCAAUGUCGAUCGGAAUGAAUAUUUAAAUGCAUUUAAAAUCGGAAAAUUUCCACUUGAAAAAGCACAACGAAGAUCAUCAAUAAAUAUAGGCCCACGAUGGUCGUUAUCAGAAAAGGCAUUCGAAAUUCUUGAGACAACGAAAAUUUUUAAAGAACAUUUUAUUUAUGACAAGAAAGAUUUUCUAUCUGGAAUGUCUCCUGCACCAACGAAUACUCAUUUGACCGAAUAUGGUAAAGACGAAUUUGCAUCGAAAAAGCAGACUAAUACAAAAAAACGUCAUGCGUCAUUGACACAUUCGUCGCCAGAACCAUAG